AUGCGUCGCUCGUGGUGCUUGCUGCGAGCAGCGGAACAGGGGCCGUUCGACCCAUAUCGCAUCUUGGGUCUUUCCCCAAACGCAAGCAAGGAAGAAAUAAAGCGAGCCUACCACCGGCUUGCGCUGCGGUACCACCCCGACGGUGGCCCUGAGGGAUCUACGAGACGGUUUCAGGCCGUGAAUGAGGCCUAUGAAGCGCUGCGGAGUGGCAAGUGGCGACCACCGGAGGCGAACAAGGCCUCUACGGACGGCAAGGGAUUUGGAUGGGACUCACGAAUGGGGAUGUACGUCUACGAGCAGCCUGGAUCCACGACUGAGAACUACGUUGACAGUCGGACGCAGACUCUUUUGCGUCUCGGUGUGUUGUGGGCGGCCGCGUUCGUAGUCGUGCGCUUUUUCCUCCUCUGGGUAUUUCCCUUCGCAAGGGGGUCUCCAACGGUUGAGUGGGUUGCGGCGACUGACAAGGAUGGUGCAAGGCCUGCGACUGCAGAACCGCGGGGGCUCCGGGAGAAACUCGGCGCGUCACCGCACUCUGUUCAUGCAAUGCAGGAUUCGGAGUUUGCUAGCACCCAGGGUGGCCCUUUUUCGCUGUCUGGGCCUCUCAACGUGGACCCGCUGCGGAGGGGAUGA